AUGGCAGGCCGAAAGGAUCGGGAAAACACGGGGGAAAGUGGCGGGGAAAACUACCAGUGCCUUGGGAACAACGAAGGGAUUCUCGAGGGGAGCAAGGAGGAGAGAAACAAGAGGCAAGCGAGGAGGUGUGAGAGGGCAAACAGCGACGGAGGUGUGGGUUCCCUCCUGUCUGCAGCAGCGGCGGCAGUGGCAGCGCCAGUGUCCCCCGGAGAGUCGAUCCGAGCAGCAGUAGCAGUAUACUCAGCUUCCAGAGAAUUCUGGCGCCCCCCCUCCACCCCCAAGCCUGUCAUGGAUUCCCAACUGAAGCAAGCCAAGCUGAGCCUGCCCAGGUACUCCCCCCCUAUACCGCCUAUUGGGCUGGAGAAGCUGAUGGAGGGUGCAGCAGGGGGAGGUGGGACUGGGGCAGGUGGGACCGGUGGGCUUGCUGGGUUUGGUUUGUUUGGUGGUGGGGAUGGGGGUUGGGGGUUGGGAACGGGGUGGUGGGGUGCAGGAGAGGGAGCAGGGCAGGAGAGGAAAGAGGGGACGGGAGAGGCGGGGUGGCUGGGGUUUGAAGGGUUGGUGGAUGCUGCACGGGGGAUGAUGUGGGGAGGAGGAGGGAAUGGAUGUGGGGAGGAGGCAAAGGAGGAGAAGGAAGGGAGUAAGGGUACGGCUCUUGAUAAGGGUAUGGGGGAUCAGGAAGAAGGGGAAGAGGCAAUGGAAGGAGAGAAGGGGUUGACUGCAGAAAAGGAGGGGAAAUGUUAUGAGAAAGGAGUUGAGGAGGGAGAUACUGGGGGAAUUGCAGGAGAGGGAGGAGCGAAGUGA